CUACAGGCCAGGCAGCGUUGCAUCGAUGUCAAUCAUAAUUUCCAAGCUACUGAACUCGACGGAGUGUGCAAAGAUUCCAGUCAAUGAUCUGAUGAAUACAAUCGAGGUAAAUACCGUGUCCCUGACAUGUCAGUGGUCAUUUGUUGUUAAUGCUUUGGGUAGGCAACAUAACUAUAUAUUAAUAUUAUUAAGUACACAACAGGAAAAUGACACUGCCAUUUAUCCACUCUAAACGAUCCAAUAAUUAGAAAUUUGCCUGAUCCUGUGGGGUUUGAAACCGCGUUGAUGUAGAAUAUUCGGACGAGCUAAAGCGUUGGUAGUUCAGGACACCUCACGUUUUUUGGGAUCAUUAGUGUGUCGUGAAAAUAAAGUAUAGUGUCACAGGCUAAACACAUGAAAUAUAACUCCAUGGCAAUCUGUGUGAUACCAUUAUGUUUCUAGUAAGGUAAGUCUGUCAAACACUUUCCAUGCCAGUCUCUUCAACCUGUUUUGUCGCGGACACAAGGAGACAACACGUUGAGACACGUUUAAAACCAUCAGGCGUCUCUCGUUCCCAAUCUCCUCCACAUAUCAAUGACGCUCUUUUCCUUCAAUUCUGUAUUUUUCACAGAUUCGACUCUUCAACUUAGUUUAAACAUAUUAAUUCCAGAUAAAUCGCAGGUUGUCAUAACGUGGAAGGUGUGUGUGUGUGUGUGUGUGUGUGUUGGUGGAAAUAAAACAGCACGUUGCCCGUUGAUCACCAUUGCAGCAAAAAAAAGUAUGUUAUGAGACCGAUCCCAUUGACAAGCCGCAGCACGGGGCUUCUAUUCCGACGCCUUCUCAGAACGCACGAGACAUCGCUAACCAAUAUACACCUUGGAUGGGAGCCUGGUCGCUGGCUAUCUAUCGUAUACCAUCAACGGCGUCAUGACUUCCAUGUGUUGACAUAUCGACCAAUGGAAGCAUUGUUUUUUCCACAGCUGGAAAUAUAUUUUUUGGAUUGAUUUAAUUAAUUCCGUUAAUGAAUUGCUGGGUUCGUCACAUGCCACGGGAGCUUGGCUGACAAAUGGAUUCUUGUGGAUGGGACCUGCUCCUUAAACACCCCUGCCCUCCUCCCCCACUUCCCUGAGUCAGUCUAUCACUCCGUCACUCCGUGGUCGCCAUGACGUCCACUCUGCAGACGCUGGCGUUCAAGCUGGCCCCGCCCCCUCAGGACCUGACCCCCGAGCGAUUGGACGGCUGCGAGGAGACGGGCCGGCGGUAUAAGGUGGUUCCGUCUGUCGUGUGCUCCAUGUGCUGCCUCUUCGGCAUCAUCUACUGCUUCUUCGGGUACCGAUGCUUCAAGGCGGUGAUGUUCCUGACGGGCCUGAUGUUCGGCUCGGUCAUCAUCUUCAUGCUGUGUUACAAGGAGCGCGUCCUGGACACCCAGCUUAGCGUGGAGGCCUCGGUGGGCAUCGGCCUGGGCAUCGGCACCCUGUGCGGGCUGGUCACCAUGCUGGUCCGCUCCGUGGGCCUCUUCAUGGUGGGCCUGCUGCUGGGCCUCCUGGUGGCGGUGGCCACCCUGGCGGGCAUGGAGGAGCUGUCCAACAGCCCCCCACGGACGGUGUGGGUCCCCCUGGGGGUGCUGCUGGGCCUGGGCAUGCUGUUCGCCGUGCUCACCCUCCAGUGGCAGCGCUUCUUCACCACUGUGUCCACGGCCGUGUUCGGGGCGGCCGUCAUCACUGUGGCACUGGACUACUUCGUGGAGCUGUUCGCCCUGGUGCUCUACAUGUACGAGAGGAUCAAGGCCACGGCCAGGGACCGGCCCGUGUGUUGGGUCACCUGGGUGGUCCUGGGGGUGUGGCCCGCCCUCACCCUGCUGGGGGUCCUGAUACAGUGGAAGGUGACGGCCGAGGGGUACUCCCACACCAAGGUGAUAAUCAGUCGACAGCAGCGGCGGGUGCAGUUGAUGCGAAUCCGCCAGAAGGAGCAGAGGGAGAGCAGCAGGAAGAAGAAGAAGAAGCACCAGAGGGACUCCAUCCACAGUUCCCAUCCUCCCAAACCCCUGCACCCAGAACCCGCCUACCGCAGGAAACCCAACCCCAUCCGACGCUUCGAUGGGGACGUCCUGUCACCGAGUUACAUCCAGAAUUUCCGGGACCGGCAGGGGGAGGGCAGACCGCACCCUGGAGGAGUCAGGCUGGCGGGGGGAGGACCUCACACUCUGGUAGACGUCGACUACGACUGCGGCUCCACCACACCCCUCACUGCAGCCGCAGGCCCCUCCCUGCAGGUCUGAACACUCCCCCGAUGACCUGUGCUGCAGCGUGGAUCCCGGAAAGCCACGCCACACCCCACCACAGGUGUGACCUCGCCCACAACCCGCCCGUACUGCAAUAUAUGGAUCCAGCGAAACCCACGAAUUAUGUGACUACACCCCCAAAGGCUAUAUUACAGUCUAGGCCUGACUGACCACUCCCCCUACACAAUGCAGGAGCCAAUCAGAUUGGGUGUGAGUAGGAGAGGCCUGAACAUCUCCUUUUUUUGUCUCACACAUACCUACACACACGCACACACACCAGCCACAUGCAUGCAAAUAUUGUUCUGUUGACAUAGUGGGAGUACAUCUGGAGGACGGAGAUGGAGGAAUGCAGCCAGACCUCUAAGAGGAUGAAUGAGGCUGUGAGGUGUCUCAGCCAGCCUCCGUCAGGACUCAGCCCAGACUAUCGCAGUUUUAAGAAGAAUGGCUCAGGUUUCAAAUGGAGGCAUCAUGUUACCGUGGAGACCAGAACAUGAGGCCUCUGUCUUCCAGAUGUUUAAGUGUCCAACUUUGUGUGUCCACCACGGAACAGUCUUCAUCCUUCAAAUUCCUCUGUGUUGUCAAACAACGGACAGUUGGUCUGUGCUGUAGCCAUUACCCGUCGUUCUGCGGUGCCGAGACCUUCCACGAGUGGAGGUGAACUACACAGCUCUGCUCCGCGCCAUGCCAGCCCGACAACCGCUCGCCUCCCGGGAAACAAGAACACGCUGUGUCUUCAUGGAAAGCGUGGUUCAUCCUUGGUGCUUCUUGGGUUCAUCCUUCUUUGGAAAUUCCCCUUCCUGGGUGCCUUUGGACUGUGUUGUUGGACAGCGGGACAGCCUUUUCGGCGACGCUGGAGACCGUGGGGUGACUGGGCUGGUGGUGAAGCGGGAGGGAACAGCCGAGUGGGCCAUUCAGGGAGCACGCGCGGACAACCCCCUCCGCUGAUUUUGCAAGUCAGGGUCAGCAGGAAGUCAAUAACGAGGUCGAAAUAAUAAACGUAUUGAACCCACCCGAUCUACAGAGUGUACCGUUUAGGCCACAGAGAAUAGUCUACACAGUGAAUGGAAUCCCUGAAUAAUGUGCACUGGGUUUUAAAUAUGGACCAUGACAUCCUGGCUAUAGUGUAUCAUAAAAGGACAUCUCUGGUUCUUACUGUCUUAAGCUGUGAAAGGGGCUGUGAGUGGGAAACACAGCAUCUUAAUACAAUGGGGCGUUAUGUUAUUAUUGCUAUAGCUGUUGGAUUUUGGGUCGGGACAGGGUAGAAUAACAUUUCCUUUCCCAGAAUCCUCCAGGCAAAAUCAACCUGGCUGCAUGACUCAGUGGUUCUUUCCUGUUCCCCUCAUGGUUUAUCACUUCACCAGAUAAUGUUUCCUGUUGGUUCUAGGUUGGUUUCUCCAUCACACUUAACAACUGUCAUCAUAACUUCUAAAGCGUAGCUUCUUCGUAAUGCAUUACAAUACCAUUUAUAAUGCCUUAUGAGAUACGUGUGAACUCACAGUAAAUGAAUACAAACUGAAUUGAUGUUGAUGACCACAUAUGUGCUUUAAGACAUUACGAGGAGAGAAUUAAUUGGAAAUGCUACCAGUUAGUGGCAGAGACAUCGUGUCAAGUCGUUCCAUUGUCAUUCCAGCCAUGUUUAGCGAGACCAUGAUCUGCAAAAACUUGCCAUGAUAGCACAAAUAGAUCUGGGACCUGAACCAAUAUACUGCCACAUUGGCUAUACAGCACCAGUAGAGAUGGAGCGACCAGGCUAGCGUACCUCCCCAGUCACUGCUGUCAUCCUGGUAGAUAUUCCUGUGUCCUUUAGUUCUGUACAUAAACACCACUCACUGUACUGUAACCACUGUCCUUUUAUUUCCUGCUUUAUUUGAUUGUUUAGGUUUUUAUUCUGGUUUUUAUUUUAGGAUUCCGGAUUUGAUUUACAUAAAAUAACGUGUCCUUUCAGAGGGAUUCACUGUAUGUAUGUAUGUAUGUGUAUAUUUAUUUAUCAGGUAAUUUAGUUUGACCCAGAGUGCGGCCCCGUUAAUGUGGGCCUGUUCAAUUCCAUGCUUUUCAUCAAAGUGAUUAUUAUUAAUAUUAUUAUUAUUAUUAUUAUUAUUAAAGCAUGUGUUUGUAAGGGCCUGUAUAUGAUAAACAAUGUGAUUCUA